GACGACGCCUGCGCAGUGCUAGCCGCCGGCGGGCUGGCUGACGCUGGCGGGUUGAGGGAGUUCCUGCCGGUGGCUGUCACCGCCCGGUUUCUCUCCCGAUGGUUCGCUCCUGAGGCCAGCUGCCUGCGGGCGUCGCCCCGUGAUGGAGCACAUUCGGACGACCAAGGUUGAACAUGUAAAGUUACUUGAUCGCUUUAGUACGAACAACAAGUCACUGAUGGGAACCCUGUAUCUUACGGCCACGCAUCUGUUAUUUAUUGACGCUCAGCAAAAAGAAACCUGGAUACUACACCACCAUAUUGCCUCUGUGGAGAAGCUUGCCCUGACCACUUCUGGAUGCCCACUAGUGAUUCAGUGCAAAAACUUCAGGAUUGUGCAUUUCGUUGUUCCCAGGGAAAGAGACUGCCAUGAUAUUUACAACUCUCUGCUGCAACUGUCAAAACAAGGAAAAUAUGAAGAUCUCUAUGCAUUUUCUUAUAAUCCCAAACAAGAUGAUUCCGAACGACUAAAGGGUUGGGAGGUCAUUGACCUUGCUAAGGAAUAUGAGAGGAUGGGAGUGCCUAAUAGAAAAUGGAAACUGUGUGAUGCCAACCGGGAGUACAAGGUCUGUGAGACUUACCCAAGAGAGCUAUACGUUCCAAACUCAGCCAUCCUGCCAAUGAUCAUGGGCAGCUCCAACUUCCGGAGCAAGGGCAGACUUCCCGUCCUGUCUUACUGCCGGCAGGGCACUGAGGCUGCCAUUUGUCGAUGUAGUCAGCCAUUGUCAGGCUUCAGUGCCAGGUGCCUGGAGGAUGAGAAAAUGCUUAAAGCCAUUAGUACAGCCAACUCAGGAAACCACUAUAUGUAUGUUGUGGAUACCAGGCCCAAGCAUCGCAUGCAGAGCUGGUGGGAUACACAAAAGGACAUUGGCAGAAUUAUAGUGAGGAUUUCUUCAAAAAUCUGGAAUGAUGAGAAAAUAAGAGAAAGCGAUGAGAAAAAGCGACUGAAUGCAAUGGCUAACAGAGCAGCCGGAAAAGGUUAUGAAAAUGAAGACAACUAUUCUAAUAUUAGAUUUCAGUUUGUUGGAAUAGAAAAUAUUCAUGUCAUGAGAUCCAGCCUUCAGAAAUUACUGGAAGUGAAUGGCAACAAGGGGCUUUCCAUCAACGACUUCUACUCUGGUUUGGAGAGUUCAGGGUGGCUUCGCCAUAUCAAGGCUGUUUUGGAUGCUGCAAUCUUCUUAGCCAAGGCAAUAGUGGUUGAAAAUGCAAGUGUGCUGGUCCACUGUUCCGAUGGAUGGGAUAGGACUUCCCAAGUUUGUUCCCUCGGCUCACUCUUGUUGGAUUCCUACUACAGGACAAUGAAAGGAUUUAUGGUUUUAAUAGAAAAAGACUGGAUAUCAUUUGGGCAUAAGUUUUCAGAGAGGUGUGGCCAUUUGGACGGUGACCCAAAGGAAGUCUCACCAGUGUUUACUCAGUUCUUGGAGUGUGUGUGGCACCUGACUGAGCAGUUCCCACAAGCAUUUGAGUUCAAUGAAGCAUUUCUUCUUCAGAUCCACGAGCAUGUUCAUUCAUGUCAGUUCGGGAACUUCCUUGGGAAUUGCCAGAAGGAAAGAGAGGAACUCAAGUUGAAGGAGAAGACUUACUCCCUGUGGCCUUUUCUUUUGGAUGACAAACCGAAGUACUUAAAUCCUCUCUACAGUUCCAAAUCUGAAAGCUUGACAUUCUUGGAGCCAAAUACAGUUUCUUUCAAUUUUAAGUUUUGGAGAAACAUGUACCAUCAGUUUGAUCGGACACUCCAUCCUCGACAGUCUGUAUUGAACAUAAUUAUGAAUAUGAAUGAGCAAAACAAGCAGUUAGAGGAAGACAUUAAAGACCUAGAGUCUAAAAUUAUGCAACGCAAAAAUGGCAUCCUAGCGAAGGACUUGAUGCUUGCUAACCCUGAAUCACCUGCCCUCAAAACCUCCCUGUGUCUGAAAGAGCAGAGUCUGCUUCCGGUGAAUGACACACUUCGAGCUAUAGAGGGCAGCAACCCAGCAGAUAAUCGGUACUGUGACUACCCUGAGGAGUUUUCUAAGUCGGAGCCUGCUGUGGUCAGCUUGGAGUAUGGUGUGGCAAGAAUGACUUGUUAGAUUCCUUCAAGUAUCUCCUGGACUGACUGUAGUGUAAGAAACAUGUAGUCAUGAGGAUGGUCUGUACACGUGGGCAGGGGGAUUUGUUCAUUGACUUUGGGGCUUAACAGAAGGUGAAUAGUUGAGAAGAGGAUUAUAACUGCUCUUGGGAGGAAUAUGUCGGCUAAGUGCUGUUUGUAGCAAGAGCCAUACUCAUCUCUGUAGGAAGUGAGUGGUAUUGGGUGCACAUAUUGGGAAUGACUUACACAGUACGUCAGUGAGGUGACCGUCUGUUCAUUUGUAGCAAGAGUGAUACUCAUCUCUGUAGGAAGUGAGUGGUAUCGGGUACACGUACUGGGAAUGACUUACAGUCCGCCAGUGAGGUGACCGUCUGUUGAUCAGAUGUUAGUUACAGCCAAGCUCAAAUUGCCUUCCUCAAGUGUAAUUCAACUCUGAGAAGACAGACCUAAUAAUGUGAACCCUUAAUGGUUGACAUGGCAUGUGCUUUUAGGUCUGCAGAUGUGUGACUAUUUGUGUACUUUGCCAUUUAGUGACAUUAACAUUGAAGUGUCAUGAGAAGUACUUCUGAGAUGGCCUUAAAGUAAAUUCUCAGUAUAUUCUUUGGGUUUUACAGCCAAGGACAAGGUGUCUGAUUUCUCCUUUACUCGGCCUUACUUCAUGAAAAGCACUGCACUCUCGUUACUUGAGAGUCAUAUGCUGCAGUACUCCUGCAUACAAAGUUGUAGACUCCAGUAGAUGGCAAUUGACCAAUCCCGACAUAUUCAAAGUCAGUGCCUCUGGAGGCUUUGUUCUGGUUGUCAUUUGUUUCGAGCACAGCUACCAGUUCAUUAUUUACAGCUUAGAGGACUGAUUUCUUAGACAAGUAUAAGCACAUUUGGCAUUUACUUUCGGAUUACUGCAUUCUGUUAACUCUUACUUUGUGGCUAGAUUUGCUCCUUUUAAAGUGGCAAAGCUCUAAAAUGUUCUGAGGACUAACCGUACAUAACUGCCUGAUUUCCUAGAACAUUUCACUUUAGUGUCCCUGCCUACUCACUUGCAGGUAAAAGUGAAAAGGGGCGUACUGAGAGUGGAGAUUUUGCUUGGUUUUUUUAAAUUUUAAAGCAAUCAUUUUUAUGUGGAAUAUAUUUUUUUCCUCUUAAAUAUAAAAGGGACAGAAACGGAGCACUGAGGGGAGCGGUUAAUGUUCAACAAAAGCAGCUUGAACUCUGGAAAGGGUUUUGUUUGCUUUGUUAUGGUCAUAGUUUAUGCUGUGGACUAGGAUAUACAUAUAUUUUCAAAAAACCACUUUCAGUUGACAGUAUUACUAGCUGGCUUUUAAACAAAUGACAAGAGGUACAGUUCAAGGACACUAAGAAAUCUGCAUAAGUUAUCUUACAUAUCUCCUGAUUGCACCUAUAUCUGUAAUAUUUCUUAUAGUAGUUUUGAACAUAUGUAUCUUUUUUGAAAAUGAAGAAAGCUUUAUUGUAUGUGAUUUUUAUCUAUUUCUGUUUAUUUUUCAAGUUCACUUCCAUAAGACCUUAUGUAAUAAAAACAAUGCAUUUUAAAAAGUAACAGAAAUGUACUAUAAAGAUAUAGCAUAUAAUUAAUGGUGUUUAGACAUUGGGAAAGGAAACUUACCCUCUGUGGCCACAACAGGAAGCUUCUGUGCCUUGGUUCCGUCAGGUUGUGGUUUUAGACUCUUCUAUGGCAGACUUCGUAUGGUCAUCACUUUGGUUCAUUAUGCUAAUCUUCAGCUUCACAUGUACGUAUGUGUUUACAUGCUCACACAGAUAACAUCCUGGGUAACAUACAGGGCAUAUGUUGACAAAAGUCUGUGUAAAUGUCUUAUAAAAUUGGAUUUAUGUUGAUUGUGUUUUGGGAUGUAUAGCAUGUAAAUUAUUUCAUGUAUUAUUUAAAGGCAAUUAAAUGUUCAUGUUUUA